UUUAUAUAUGGAUGCCUGAUACCAUUAUACAUGUCAAAGCAACGGUAGGAUCGAGUGGUCAUGGUGUCCGUGUUCGUAAAUGGAUCAUGACACAUUAUCGUCAUAUUGUGAAUUCGAAAGAAAAUACUCGUCAAAGUUUCAAACGUGGUGAGAUCUCGGUCAAUGGGGUACCCUGUGAAGAAACUCGGAUCUUGCAAGAAAACGAUAUUGUUCAGCUCGACUAUAACAAGACAAAAGAACAAAUUCAACGAAUAGCUCAUAUUCCAAUUGAUAUUGCUUAUCAAGAUGCUCAUAUGGCCAUUAUUUGGAAACCUCCUGGCAUAAAUUAUAGUAUCUUUGAUAAGGCUAUUCGAUAUCAUUUUAAAAAUCCUUGUGAUCUUAUAUGGACUCCUUACUGUCUUCAAAAAGCAGCUUCUGGUUUGUUGUUGAUUGCGAAAACACAAUCUGGAAAAGAACGUAUGAUCGAACGAUACAAUCAAGGUGCAAUUCAAUUGGGUAUGCAAGUCCUCUGUCAUGGUCAAGUACCACCCAAUCUUUCCACUGUGGCAUUAGAAACGGACAUUCAUGGAACAGACAAUAAUAAUGAUGAGGAAGAGGAGGAUGUGGUGGACAAUGCUGUGAACGAUCUCUCUAUAGCCAGUGGAACACAAUUAUUCAAAUCAUUCGAUGUUGUAUCGGUGACACGAUCCAACAAUUCUGAUUAUCUUUCCUCGGUUCGGUUGCAAUUACAGACACCUUGGUCCAGUGCGGCUGUAAGACGCUUCUUCUUUCAUCGAGGUUAUACCAUCAUUGGCAAUUCGGCGGCUACUCGACCUCUCAAGACACAUAAGGAUAAAGGACUUUAUAUGACGUUAUAUUCGAUCAAGAUGGAUAAAUUGUUUGAGGAUGGGACGAUUCAAGUGAUGCGUGAUAUACCUGAUAAAUUCAAGUUUAUUGUAGAACGUGAACAACGGUUUUGGGAACGUGCUUGUGAACGUCGGAUCAAAGAAAUGCGUCAAGCUGGAUUGGAUAUUUCUAUGGAUUCAGUGGAAAGUUUUGGCAAAGAACCUUUAGCUUAUACAUUGGGUGAAAAAACAUUCCAUGGAUUAAGAUUUGAAAUCAAUAAAGCAUGUUUGAUCCCUAGACCUAGUUCGGAAACUUUGGUGGAUGCAGCGAUUGAUUGGUUACGUGAAGAAACAACAAGGAAACGGCGGAUCUUGGAUAUGGGAACAGGUUGUGGUAAUUUGAUUGUGUCGAUCUUGGCCAAAGUGGAAGAUGUAGAAGGCGUAGGUGUGGAUAUCAGUGAUGAUGCCUUGAUGAUGGCUCGAAAGAACAGUGAUCAAUUAUUACAAGACUCUGGACGUGUUCGAUUUUUAUGCAAGGACAUGGCUCAAGUGACAUUUAACGAUACCUUUGGUUUGGUGGAUUUGAUUGUGUGUAAUCCUCCCUAUUUGGAUCCAACAGUAACAAUGACAUCUUCUCAACAACAAAUGGCUUUAUCUUAUGAACCUUCCGAAGCUUUAUAUGCCAAACAUCAAGGAUUUGAAUGGUAUAUGAUUCUUAGUCAAUUGGCACCCAAUUUACUUGCUAUGGAUGGUCGAGUGAUUUUAGAAUGUGGUAAAGGUAUGAAGGAUCGUAUCUUGUUGAUUUGGACAGGUUGGCAUCUGGUAAAGACUAUCAAGGAUAAACAAGGAUGGGAUCGUUGUUUAGUAUUGGUUAGAAAUUCAUCCUAAAUAAAUUUGGUUUAUCAUGUGUUUGAUUCCUGCUUCUGGGCGUAAAAAAAAAAAUUCCCCACGCAUUUUUUUUUUUCUUU